AUGUGUCAAACAUGGCUUGCUGAUGAUGCUCCUAUUAACAUUAAUAAAAUUCAACUUGUCUACCAAGUUACACGACACAGCUUUUUACCUGCUGAUCGAGUUUUUGGCAUUAUUGAAAAAGCGAUACGAAGAAAAACGACAAUAAUUCAACCCCAAGAAUAUUUUGAUAUAUUUUCUGAAUAUACAACCGUAAUUAAAUAUCCAGAAUUUAAAGUAAUGGAUUGGAAAACAGAAAAAAUUGAGAUAUUGAAAGGGCUCCCAAGUUGGCAUUUCCAAAUUAGUAAAUCAUCAAGAAUUACAAUAUUACGAGAGAAGAGUUUGCGAGGACAUAAAAUUCUUGUUCAAGGAGAGAUGUUCUACAAAUCCUACACUGGAACUGCAUUAUCAGUAACCAAGAAAGAAAAUAAGAAAACCAAUGCAGUUACCAAUCAAGAAAAAUUGAAAAAUUGGGAGAAGGUAGCAGGAGAAUUUAAUUCAGUGUCUCUGGCAAAUAUUCAGAGACCAAUAGAGGUGUUAAAGCGGUUUUACGAAAACCAAAAACAGGAAUUGCGGAAAAGAUGUGCUAAUAAAAAGAUGCAUAUUAAAGGCACUGGUGGUGACCCUCCACUUCCAGAAAUAAAUAAUCCAACCGAAGAUUUGCUCCUCUCCAUAGUUAACGAGAAAACAGUCAGUGGCAUAAAUAUACCAUUUGGAGGCGACGUUAACAGUGAAUCUGAGGAUGAAGAUGAAGAUAUGGAAUUAGAGUUUGUCGAUACUCCUGAAAUAGGAAAUCAAGGACCUUGUACAAGUACAGAAUUGUCACAAGACAAUAUUCAGAAAAACAAGACAUGGGCGUCAUACACACCUUCGGAUUUAGCCAAAAAGAUGAGCUCCCCACUGAAACAAAAAAUUGCAAAUGUUUUAUUAAAUUCUCAAGACGAAAAUAUCCCUGGGCCUUCAACAAUCAAUAAAGAAACACCAACAAAAAGCUCUCGAAGAAGACCUGCAGUAGUGGUGAAAUCCCUAACUUCUUCAGAUAUAGCUGCAAAGUUUAACAAAUUAUUGGACUGUCGUUUAGAAAUAGUUGCAUAUGAAAAAAAGGAAUUGGAGCAAAGACUGCAACAUAAUAGUACCAAACAUGAAAAAUAAAUGUUGCUCUUAGAUGUUCAACUUGAAAUCGAAAGAUAAAAGUUAAAAAGAAUUAAGAGAUCUGAUUAUCUGAUAGAAAAUAGUACAAAAUAGUAAAAGUAAAUGUAUUGUUUUUUUGAAUAAAAGUGUAUUUAGC